AUGACUUCUCCAAGUCUUGCUUGUCGUAUUAAGAUCGAGGGAAUCAGAAGUGAUGAAUGGUUAAAGAAAAAUUAUAUGGCUGUUAGACAUGGUGAAGAGGAAGAAGUUAACUUGGAUGAUGUCCAUGCUGUUUUCGAUGACAUCGAGGAUCAGUAUGUAUCCGAGCAAAUGGAAGUAAAUGAAAGUGGUCCUCUGAUAAUGAAUGCUUUUGAGAUGAUUACUCUAUCUCAAGGGUUGAAUCUUUCAGCAUUGUUUGACAGGCAUCAGGAUUAUGUAAAACAGCAAACCCGCUUCAUCUCAUGCAAACCUGCAAAAACCAUCAUAUCAACUGUGGAAGUCAUUCCAAAAUCCAUGGGGCUCGCAGUCCAUUCUCGUAACUACAAGAUGGGACUCGAAGGCAUAUCCGCAAAUAAGACUGGUCAGUUUGCAGUUGUCUUGGAGAUUCUCAUAACAGAUGCAACAGUAAAACCGAUAACAGACAAGAAUAUAUUCAUGACAGAUGCACCAAUAGAUUUACUAUUUUUCACAACAAUGGUCCUGAACCAUGGGCCCCACAUGUUGAGUGAAAACGAAUGUACUGCUGUGGAAAACUAG